GUGAUACAGUUGAUGUACUUGCCUCUUAGUCAUAUUCCCCCUGUUUUGAGACUUUUCAAGGGUUUAUCCUUUCCUUUCAACGACGUCAAUGCUUCCAUCGUUUGAAAAGAGACCGUAUUUGUUUUCAAAGCGAGAUACAAAUCCGAACUGGCGAGAAUUAAGUGCAGUUAAGAACGUCAUCAACGUUACAGACGUCGAGUGUUCAGUAACCGAGCGUGAACGCGCUAAAAACACUAAAUCGCGAUUACAUUCUCGAUCAAGUCAUAGACACGAUAGCCUUCCUACGAUAAAAGAAACGUCAGCCCCAGAUUUAACACGAACUUCGACACCAAGCACAGCAGCGGUAAGCGAUGAAGGCGGUCAGUUGCUUGGAUCGAAAAACGAAAACGUCCGUUUGUGCAUCAAACGAUGGAGGAAAAUGGGCCUGAGCAGAUCGAAUGCGUCCACCUUUCAUUUCGAGCCCCUGCAGAGUUUCAAAAAAUUAGCAAGAAUAGUGCUGAUUGUGAUUAGACUUGGAAAUGCUCUUAAAAGUGACCCCAAAGCCAUUUUCCGCGAGGAUGGAAUUUCUAAGUCGUUACUGGAGAUCAUGGAAGGCUACAUGACAACAAGAGAAAAACACUUAAAGGGUGACAAUAAACAGAACAUUCCUGGUUUCUCUACUUCUGCUCUUGUGUUUGACCCAAAACAAUUCAAGGCCAAUAAAGAGGUAAAGAUUAGCAAGGAAGUCAAACAGUUGUUAACCACCUGGCCAGAUGUGCGCACAAGCGACCAACUUCAAACUGUGUUGUACGCUCUUCAAACCUUGGAAUCUUUCUCUGAGCUCCCUCUCCAUAUGCAACAAGAUGUGUGCAAAGUUGCCUGGUUACAAAGCCUUCCCCCGAAUAAAGUAAUCAUAAAACAAGAUCACGUGGCCGAAAACUUUUAUUUCAUCAUCAAUGGAACGGUAACUGUGCUAUCCGAAAAUGAUCCAACAAAGGACUCGCCAUUUACGUCUUUGGCAACACUGAAGAGAGGAUCCAGUUUUGGAGAGACUGCCAUUAUGAACAACGUCCGCAGGACAGCAUCUGUGGUCAGCAACGAUCCUGUUCAGCUCUUAGUAAUAGGAAAGGAGGAUUAUAAGAGAAUUUUUAUGGGUCAGACCAAAUCAGGAGAAGAGCCUGCGCAUCUCAAAUUUUGCAGAAAUCUAGACUUUCUAGCCGACUGGCCGGUUGAUCUACUACUUGCACACCCGGAAAACUGCCUUUUUCAUUACUUCAGAAGAGGAACAGUGAUUGUAAAAGACAGUAACAAAUCUGACUGGCUAUACGUCAUUGUCUCGGGAGUUUGCCAGAUUCUUUUGAGACUUGAAAUAUCCAAACCAAAGUUGUGUGGAAAAAAGCAUUAUCGAUAUAGCGAAGACAUAACCGCAGCAGAAAAAUUGGCGCAUUUAACGGUGGAACGUCACAGGAAAACUAAUUACUCCGCUUCCAGAUUAAGAAGAAUGCCAAAGAACAUGGACAAAUUAGCUUUCUCAAGAUAUCAUGUGGAAGGACGUCGCACAAAAUCCCUUCCACCUGUGUUCCCCGUCACUGAAGUGUCGUCCACCAACAACAGUCAACUUAGAAAACAAACAGCCUUUGUGCAGUUGGGUCUUCUUCAUCCUAGGAGUGUUUUCGGUUUAUCAACGCUUCCUAAUUUUGAUGAAGACUCUCAACUCCUUCAACAAGCCAGUGUCAGCCUUGUCAGUCGAGGAGCUGAAUGUGUUAUGAUUUCUAAGAAGUUCUUCAUAAGCCAAGCAAGCGAGCUAACCAAAAAAUGGAUCCGACAUAAUGUGCGUUCUUACCCGUCAAGAGAGACGCUUCAAAGAAAUCUUCAAGAAAGGAUCAACUGGGAUGCUUACAAACAAGACGUGAUACAAACUGUUAUAGCUAGAUGAUAUUCAUUUUGGAUAUGGAAGAUCAUUGUGAGCUUACCCAGUUACAGAAAAUCUUGUAAUCUUCAAAAAUUGUUCCAUUUUAAGUUUCAAAAAACGAAAUGUUGACCUCCUUCAA